AUGGUUCAUUCACUGUCAAAAGUGCUUAUCAUAUGCAGAAAGAGGCUAUCAAAAUGCAUAGAGGGCAGUCAUCAAGAGGGACAGAAACAGAGAAGCUGGUCUGAAUGCUGGAAGAUGCAGGUCCCUAAUACCACAAAAACUUUCUUAUGGCGUGCAUGUCUUGAGGCUCUUCCCACCAUGCUCAACCUUUUCAAGAAGAAGAUAGUGGACUCUCCUAUGUGCCCCAUCUGCUGCAGAGAAGAGGAGACCACCACCCAUGCUCUAUGGAGCUGCAGUUCAGCCAUGGAUGUUUGGAGUCAAGGCCAUAUCUUUUUUCAAAAAAGCACUUUGAGGGAAGCCAGCUUUAAAGAGUUGUAUGAAUGUCUCACUCUACUGUGUGAUAGGGAAUUACUUGACCUGUUCUCAGUCAUUGCUAGGAGCAUAUGGUUAAGAAGGAAUAAGCUGCUAUUUGAAGGGUCAUUCUUGCACCCAAACAUGCUACUGAGGCAAGCAUCCCAGUCCCUAGAAGAGUUCAAGACAGCUCAACCUAGUAAGAUGGUUAAAACUCAAGUGGCCUCUAUUCACCCCUCGAGGUGGACCCCUCCUCCAUCUAAUUGGGUAAAAAUAAAUUGGGAUGCUGCUGUGAAUGUGGAUCAAGGUAGAAUUGGAAUAAGUCUGGUGGCUCGAGACCAUGAGGGUUCCAUUUUGGCCACUAAGAAGCUCUCUGUCCCCAACUUGGCUGAACCUGUGUUGGCUGAAGCCUUAGGAGCUUUUCAUGCAGCUUCCUUGGCAAGGGAAUUGGAGUUGAACUCGGUUAUUCUGGAAGGAGAUGCACUCCAGAUUGUGGCAAGGAUCAACCACCAUUUUGAAAGAUGGGAUAGAGUGGGCAUGGUUUUCUUGGACACUAGGAUGGUACUAUCUAGUUUGGUCCAGUGGAAAGUAGUUUUUGUUAGGAGGAGUGGCAACCAGUUUGCUCAUGGUCUAGCUAAGGAAUCUUUAGAGCUAGCUGAGAGCUCAGUUGAGUUGGUCGUUAGACCUCUUUGUAAUCAUGUUCCUUCUUUUCCUUGA